GGAAGAGAUGCUAAUGACCCAAUACAAGGGUACCCAUGUAAAGUUGAACUACAAAUUCAGUUAGAGGAAAGUCUGCACUCGGGAAAAACUUGAAGGAAACCAUAUAUUCUGGCCUGUCUACAAAGUUCGGCGCUGCACUUUCCGGAUACAGACAAUUUAUGCAAACUUGCUGCAACGUUCGACCUCUUCGAGUGAGAUUCCAGAACAUAACUGAAAGCUUGCUAAUGUUAGCCCUCAAGCUACAUUCACCAUCGCUGCGUGGAGCGAGAAAACAUUUUUCUAGACUGACCGAAGACUUGCGUUUGGAUACAAAAGUUCCCCGAGUGGUAAAUACAGAAGUCUGACCGCUGGUUAGCUGGGUAACCGCUGUGUUAUCCGUGUAGUUUAAACAGUUAGCAAAGCCUGCCUGCCGACUUGCACUUCCCCCACUCUCACAGCAGCCGGGGCUAGCCGCAGCGUUAGUCCGGGUACAUAAAAUGAAGCGAGCAUCAGCAUUUUUGGAAGCUUUGUGGCUCUUUAGAUCUUGCUGAUGCAUGAGAAGAGGACGUUCUUAUUCUGAGAUCUCAUUUAAGGAGGUCAAAAUUUGUAUGUGGAAUGGACGAGCAGAAAUCGAACUGCGAAGAGAAUGACUCUGAACCAACAGCUGAUGAUAGCACCUCCGCACACCAGCCCAUCUGCCUCCAGGAAUCAUCCAAAGUCUGCCCUGCUGCUGCAGACGAGUCUGGUGUUGAUGCAGCCUCUUCCAGCACACCUGUAGAAUGCAUUCGUGCCUGUGCCCUUUGUAAUUGUGUGGAGCGGAGCUUGCUGGGACAGCGGGAACUGCGACACUUCAGGUCGUCAUCGGAGCGGCCAACUCAUAAGCCAUCAGCUUUCCCACUGCCACAGCCUGGAAAUGAUGAUCUGUCUUCCAUUGGUUUUUCUGACUCUUCCUGUCUGACAGCACUCUUUGAUGACUCAGGGGGUUGUUGGCUUCACCACUGGUGUGCGGUGUGGUCAGACGGGGUGAAGCAGACGGAAGACAAGGAGCUGGAGAAUGUGGAUAAAGCUGUUAUCUCAGGGACACAACGGCAUUGUGAAUAUUGCAAAAGACUGGGUGCAACCAUACAAUGCCAUGUAGAGGGCUGCUCGCGGUUUUACCACUUCCCGUGCUCUGCAGCCAGCGGAUCGUUCCAGUCCAUGAAGCAGUUGGUCCUCCUCUGUCCAGAGCAUAUAGACAAGGCUGAGGAGUUGGCUGGCGAGGAGGCUUGGUGUGCAGUUUGUGAUUCUGCUGGGGAGCUCACAGAACUACUUUUCUGCACGGGUUGUGGCCUACACUAUCAUGCAUCCUGUCUGGAAAUCGGUGCCACACCCAUCCAGCGGGCAGGGUGGCAGUGCCCAGAGUGUAAAGUGUGCCAGACUUGCAGACAACCAGGAGAAGACUCCAAAAUGUUGGUGUGUGAUGCUUGUGACAAGGGAUACCAUACCUUCUGUCUCCAACCAGCCAUGGACUCUCUUCCCUCUGACCCUUGGAAAUGCAGAAGGUGUCGUGUGUGCGUGGAGUGUGGUGUCCGUGGGUUGGCGCUGCCAGGUUCGGCCCAGUGGUUCGAAAACUACAACAUGUGUGAAGAGUGCCAGCAACACCGCAGCUCAGUAUGUUGCGUUUGCAGCAAAGAUGCCAACCCAUCUGUCGGGCUACAGUGUUGCGGCAUAUGCCACAGAUGGAUGCACAGUGAGUGUGCUUCACUGGGGGAGCUAUCAGAAGCCAAGGACAUCUGCCUUCUUUGCAAGGAGGAUCAGCAGCAAUCCGCUGGUCAAACAUCCAUGGAAGACAUGCAGUCAAGACAGGAGAUGACAAUGCAAGCAGAAUUAAAGCUGGUAGAUGUAUCAGGAGGGACUCCUGGCCAGAAAGGUGCACCUGGGAUGGAUACAGAGAAGGAUGGACCUCAGAAAGAGACCUCUGUGGAUUUAGUGGUGGAGUCUGCAGUAGUUCACUCAACAGACAUUAAGGUGAAAGAAAUGAAGCCAGAGGCCCAGGUAGCAGCAGAAGAGCUCACCUGUGAGGAGUCUUCUGCUCCCACUGUGUCUACAUCAUGUGCCACCACACAGCAAGGAGCCGCUUGUCUUCCUGCUGGUGAAAAGAGAUCAGAAGAAACCCUCAGUGAGAAGACUCCCUCCCAGGUCUUUACGGCAGAAACUCAUCUUAGCAGCAAUCCUGCGACAAAGCCUACAGCAGUAUCGCAUCAAGCCGCUGAAAACAAGGAGCUGGGGAGUGAACAAGAACCUUCAGAGGAGGAAUUAUUAAAGAGUGGCUGUGUUGAGGAACCAUUCGGAAAGGAUGCGCAGAAACCACCAGACUUUUCUGAUUCUGUAGACAAACGUGAACUAUCGUCUAUAGAUGAUAAACCUAAAGGAGGUCGAUGCCAAGACCCUCAGUCUCCUUUCACCGUCUCUUUAUUAACAGAUACACAAGAGACCCUCUCUGCCAUGGAUGUGGAGACAAGGUUACUUCCUCAGUCUGAGGACGAAGACGAAGAUGAUGAGCAAAUGAAAGGACAUCAUUUGGACAUAAAGCAGGAGCUGCAAGGGGUCAAGCCAGAGCUGCUGCUGGAUGAGAUGUCCAGCAGCAGUGGCUUCCUGGGCUCUCCUGGAGAACCUGAUCCUCAGCUGUCCAUGGAGCUCGGACUUGUUCCUGUUGGUCCCUCGCAUGCCGAUAACCUCACAGAGACCGAUGACUCGCUUCCUUUCGAAGCCCUCAGGAGCGACAGAGAGAAGGUGAAACGUAGAGGGUCCCCAGGCCGUUCACGGGUCAAACAGGGGCGAAGCAGUAGCUUUCCCGGAAAGCGCAGACCUCGAGGCAGUGGCGGAGGAAGAGGGCGUGGUGGGAGGUCACGCCUCAAAGCCAUGGCUUCCUGCAUCGAUGCCUUUUUGCUAAGCAUGACCUCAGACACUGGACUGAAUAAGGAGGACGACGAUGAGGAGGACGACACCAUGCAGAACACAGUGGUGCUCUUCUCAAACACUGACAAAUUUGUCCUGCUCCAGGACAUGUGUGUUGUGUGUGGCAGUUUUGGAAAGGGUAUGGAGGGCCAGCUGCUAGCUUGUGCUCAGUGUGCCCAGUGUUACCACCCUUACUGUGUGAACAGCAAAAUCACCAAGACAAAGCUUCGUAAAGGGUGGCGGUGUUUGGAGUGUAUAGUGUGCGAAGUGUGUGGAAAGGCCUCGGACCCGUCACGCCUGCUGCUCUGUGACGACUGUGAUGUUAGCUAUCAUACCUACUGCUUGGACCCUCCUCUGCACACAGUACCAAAGGGGGGCUGGAAGUGCAAAUGGUGUGUGUGCUGUGUCCAGUGUGGUGCCAGCUCACCAGGUCUCCACUGUGAGUGGCAGAACAACUACACACACUGCGGGCCCUGCGCCAGCCUCGUCACCUGUCCGGUAUGCAGAGAAAACUUCAUGGAAGAGGAGCUACUGCUGCAGUGUCAGUACUGCGACCGAUGGGUCCAUGCUGUUUGUGAGAGCCUGUACACAGAGGAUGAGGUGGAGCAAGCUUCUGAUGAGGGCUUUGCAUGCACAUCCUGCACACCAUAUGUUCCAAAACCUGUGGUAGAGUCGGCUAUUAUGGCUUCAAUAAAGAUCAAAGAGCCAGAACCCCAGUUCUACCGUCUCGAGGGAGUGUGGCUGACAGAGUCGGGUAUGUCCCUGCUUCGCAGCAUCUCCAUGUCUCCUUUGCAUAAGAGACGGCAGCGUCGCUCUCGUCUCGGCACUCUGUGCUGCGAUGGAGGUCCCGAUGGAAUGGACAUGAGGGAGGUUGAAGGAGAUGGUUGUGGGGAACCAAUGGACUGUGAAUCCAAAAUGGAGCCUCCAGGGAGUCCUGACAGAGAAGGUGGUGAGAGGGACGCUGGUGCUGAAGGCGUGGGUGACUGUGAGGGUCUUAAAGGAGGUGCAGAUGAGACGGAGGACAGUAAAAAGAGGAAGCGAAAGCCCUACAGACCAGGGAUUGGGGGCUUCAUGGUGCGACAAAGGAAGUGUCACACACGUUUAAAGAAAGAGUUCUUUGCCCAGCUGGCUGGAGAGACCACAUUAGAUGGACAGCCAAUCGAGCGAACCAUUGAAGAAGGACCUCACCCGGACACAGACAACAUAAUGGAUCCUAAACCAGCAGACGGGGAAGAACAGGCCAAGAAACGGCGGGGUAGAAAAAAGAGCAAACUGGAGGACAUGUUUCCAGCUUAUCUCCAGGAGGCCUUCUUUGGGAAGACACUAAUAGACUUGAGUAAGAAAGCUAUGAUGGGAGCUCCAGGCCAGAGGCCAGGUACCUGCCUUGUCCAGCCUGUGUUACUAAAACCAGCAGGAGUGAAAAUCGUCACCCCAGAGGCUGAAGCCAAGGAUCGGGUGGUGGAUGGAAAUUUUCCUCUCAAGCGAGAGGGGGGUGAAGUACCCCAGGCUCAGGGAGACUGUUCAGGAAUUCCCACUCCUUCUUCAUCAGUGAAGGAGCAGUCGGCAAAUCCCCAUGACUCUAAGCCAGAAAAAAGUGAAGGUCUUCCACAGGGAGUGGAGAGUCAGGACUCUGAGCAGUUCUUCAGGAAGGUUCUGGGAGUGUCAGACAGUUCCUCUUUAGGGGGGAUGAAGCCCAUCUUGGAGGGCACUAAGGGAGAGCUAAAGAGUGCUGUACCACAAAGAGCUCUCCCCUCAGGACCCUUGCCCUCUGCAGAAAUGAUGGAUGUUUUUCCUGGCCUCUCUCAGUCUCCCUUCUUUGAGAUACGAGAGAGAGGAUUGUUCAGUCCAGACGGGGGUGAGGAGAGCCCCUGGGCCACACCUUCUACCCCUGUGACGCCCUCCUCCCCACCCACUCCCACAGAGGCUGAAGGUGAUGGGCUGUCCUACAACCAGCGCAGUCUCCAGCGCUGGGAAAAAGACGAGGGGUUGGGAGAGCUCUCAACCAUUUCCCCGGUUCUUUAUGCCAACACCAAUUUCCCGUCGCUUAAACAGGACUACCCAGACUGGGCGAGUCGCUGUAAGCAGAUUAUGAAGAUCUGGAGGAAGGUGUCAGCUGCUGACAAGGUUCCAUACUUGCAAAAGGCCAAAGACAACCGAGCAGCUCAGAGGAUUAACAAGGCACAGAAGCAGGCUGAGAGUCAGGUGUGUCGGCCGGUCAAGACUGAGGCGGUGCGUCCUAAAGGCGAGCGGCCUACUUUACACCUCCAGAUCCUUCCCCCCUCAGGCUCCACGUCCGUUUCUUCCCAACCAAGCUCUACAGACAGCCCAUUUUCCUUUCCUCCCGAUUCGGGUUCGUCUUCUGUAUUUUUCUCAGAUGGAGCUCUUAAGACCCCGUUGUCAGCUGAAAGCCGGACUGAUCCCCUGGCCAAACUUCCUCCUCAGUCUCCCCUUUCUCACUCUCAUCCAAGCGCACCCUUUUCCCAUACUGGGGCCAGCCCUUUACAGGCCUCUUCCUCAGGUUACCCCGCUUCCGGCCCACAGGGUCCUCCUCAGGGACGGCCAGACAACCUGGGCCUUUUUGACAUGCAACCAGGAACUCCUGGAACCCCUAGAAGGGCACAGCACGUUGACCCUUACUUCAGAUCACAAUUACUGCAGCAGCAGCAGCAACAGGGUCAUCACCUACAUUCACAGCAGGGCUCUCAGGAGGCUUUAGGGCCUUCUGGAAGUCCCCAUUCAAGAGGCCCUGGGCUUGGGGAGUCACCAGUUUUCUCCCCACUUCACAAUACUCAACUCGGCGACCCUUUCAGAGCCCAGCCGGGGAUGGGACGGUCAGACUUUGGUUUGUCGUCAUCACCCUCUGCUGUGGCUUCCUCACCUGUAAGCACAGGACAGCACAGGGCUGAAAUUAGUGCACCUUCUCCGCGUUCUUCUACUGCAGGAAGACUGGAGCUUUCCGCUGGGUCUCCAUCUGGGAUGCUGGAAGCUGGGGAUGGUUUAUUCAAGGCACCCAUGACUCCUCGAAUGCACCAGGGAGAUGGUGGACCACCUCAUCCAGGAGCUUCCCCUAACCAUCCUUCUGAGGGCUACCGUCAGUCUCCCUCACAUAGUUUCUCUGACCCUCACUCUCACUCGCAGGUUACUCCCAGACCACAGUCAGGUGACAAUUGUGGUCUUGGACCCCAGAGACACCCUGCUGCACAACAGGAACAGGGUCAUAGAGUGCCCUCUAGUCCACAGUCCCAGGGUAGCGUUCAGUCUCCCCACACUCCUGGUGGGCUGUCCUCUGAUCCAUAUUCUGUCCAGUCUCCAACUACUCCUCGUUUCCAGUCCCCAGACCCUUGUUCCAGGCCCCCUUCAAGACCACAGUCCAGAGACCCCUUUGCUGUUAUCCACAAACCUCCUCGUACUCCCUCGCAUUCCUCAGAGGGAACCGGAAAUUACAAAACGUCACCUCAUCCCAACCAGCCCCCUCCAGGCCACCCUAACAGUAGUUCUACAGUGGAUCCACUCUCUGGUAAACCCGCCUUUAAUCGCAGUCCCAGCACAGGACCUUACCUAAGCACCCAGCAGCAGAGUCAGGUGGUACCGGGUCAGCCUCAACAGCCGCAACCUCAGCUAACACAAGGAGCAGACAACUUCGGUUCCAGAGUGCCGCCUUCCUCUGAACCCGAGGAACUAUCUGCUGUUCACCCUUCGGAGCUGCCUCUUCAGCCAGCUGUACAAGGCGCACAUGAGCUGCCGGACAUCUCGUCAGCGCAGGAGCCUUCGUUAGUUGGACUUAGCCCAUCUGAACUGGAGAAAUUCAAACAGCGGCAAAAACUAAGGGACUUCAUUAUCAGACAGCAAAGGCAGAAAAUUUCAAUCAAACAAGAGAAAGAGGCCGCAGCUGCCGCCGCCGCUGGAAGCACAUCCCCAGGCUGGUCUGGUGGGGAGAUGGGUGCACCUCCACCUUAUCCCAAGGACCGUGUUCCUGCUGCUACCUCUGAAGCUCAAGUUUCUGUGGCUGGGAAGAUGCCUGUGGUCGGAGGAGGCAUGGAUGAUAAGCUCAUUCGCCCACCGCCUACAGGAACAGCUGGCAUUAUGGAUACAAGUGGACUAAGGCUUCCAGGGCCCAUCAGACCUCAUGGUAUGUUUGGUCGUCCCCCAUUCCCUCCUCAAUGGCAACCCCAGGCUCCAGGUCAAAGAAGAUUACCCCAACCUGGGCUUGAAGCGAUGGGCAUCAGACAGAAUCCUGGUGUAAACAUGCAAGGCAUGGAAAACCCACACACCAUGAUGCCUGGACAUGGAGGAGAAAACAUGCAGGGACUGGGUCAAGGGCCGCCACCACAGUUCAUUGAACUUAGACACAACUCACAAAGGCUACCCUUACGGCCACAGUUUAUUCCCAGAGGACCCCAGCCAAGACCACGUCUCUUUGUCCAACAACAAGAUUUGCCUGCAUCUUACUUUCAGCAGCAUCCCAUAGCUCAAGCUGGGAGUAUUCAAGCCGAUGGAAGUGGGGCCUCACAGCUGGGGCUACCACAGGGCCGUAUGUCAGUACCCGGUUUACUGCCUUCGCAGUCAGCAGGACCAGUAUCCCAACAGCCUCGGUUGCAGCCUCAGGCAUCCGCUUCCAACUCGAACGUGCAAAGCACUGAGCAGCAACGAGUUGCACAUCAAGGAUUGGUGACACACCCCCAGUCUGCAAGUGUAGGGACCUGUGAAGAACUGCCAGAGCCUGACCUUGAGGGUCUAGGGGAUGCUGCGGGAGAUGGUGGUGUGGAGGAUGAAAAUGAUCUGACUCUUGACUUGGAUCCCGACAAAGGAGACGAUGACUUGGGAAACUUGGACAACCUGGAAACCAAUGAUCCACAUCUGGACGACUUGUUAAACGGUGAUGAGUUCGACCUCUUGGCUUACACAGACCCUGAACUGGAUCAGGGUGACCCCAAAGAUGUCUUUUCAGACCAACUGCGGCUGGUAGAAGCAAAAGGCGAAACGCCUUCAUCUGUUGCUGGAUCUGCUCGCUGUAACGUGGAAAACAAAGCUAAAGAUAAGCCUGGGCAGAAGUCUUCAACAACAGUUUCCCAGAAGGAUUCUGCUACCUUACGUCCACCUGCUGCAGAGAGUGCUGAUAUGUCCAAAGUCAAAGUAGAGGACAAAUGUCUGACCCCCCAGCUGCAGCCAGGACAAUCUGUGGUCAAAGACGAAAUGAGAGGGGCUGUGACGAUGCUUCUUAGGGGGACCACAUCAACAGUCAAGACAGAGCGAAAGGAAAACCAGCCUGCCUCUCUCAGUUCUGUGCGAAUCGGAUCCCUUCAGUACUCUCUGUCUGGACAAGGUGAUCCUUUUUCUCCAGGUGCCCCACAUGGAGACAUUGGCGAUGACUCCAUGGGGCUGCCUGAUGUAGGGGGCCAGCACUCUCCUGCAGUAGAUCUGGCAAAAGUGGAGAGCUCUUUAGAUGGGGAAUUGCCUCUUCUCAUUCAAGAUCUCCUGGAGCAUGAAAAGAAAGAACUGCAGAAACAGCAACAGUUGAGUUCCCUUCAACAGGGGGCCAUCCCUUCUCAUUUUGCUGGUCUCUCUAGUCAACACCCAAACCCACAGGGACCUGAACAACUGAUUCUGCAGCAUCAGCCACGUCCCCCGGCCCAGGGAAUGAUGGAACAACCAGGAAUGGUGCCACCUGCUCCACACAUGAUGCAGCAACAGCAGAGGAUUAUGGGACCUGGAAUGGUGCCUCAGCCUCACAUGGCGAUGGCUCAACAGCAAGCAAUGUUGAGGGCAGGACAGCCGGGAAUCCACACAGGCCUCGGUCAUCAACCACAGCCAGUUGUUAAGCAAUCACCUCUUGCCAACAAUUUCUUCCCUGAAAAAGAAUUGGAGAAAUUUGCUGCUGAUGACAUUAUUGAUCCUAUCGCCAAAGCAAAGAUAGUGGCUCUUAAGGGCAUUAAAAGAGUGUUGGCACAGGAUCCGACAAUGGUUGUUCCUCCUGGGAUCAACAGGCAACAAGUUUCUCUGCUUGCCCAGCGACUGGCCUCUGCCCCGGGCACAGAUCCUGCUCAGGUUGCACCCGGACCACCAAAGGAGGGAGAAACAAGUGAUCCCGUCCAGUCAAGACCUAAUCCUCCACAAUUUGUGCAAGGAAUCAUCAAUGAUGCAGAGCAGCACCAGUAUGAAGAGUGGCUUCUUCAUACCCAACAGCUUCUCCAGAUGCAGCUGAAAAUUUUGGAAGAACAAAUCGGAGUUCAUCGGAAAUCACGCAAAGCACUUUGCGCUAAGCAGCGCACGGCGAAGAAAGCCGGCAGGGAGUUCGCAGAGGCUGAUGCUGAGAAACUGAAAUUGGUUACUGAAGAGCAAAGCAAAAUUCAGAAACAGCUUGACCAGGUACGCAAGCAACAGAAGGAGCACACCAACCUUAUUGCCGAGUACAGAAGCAAACAGCAGCAGCAUCAGCAGCAGCAGCAAGGCGCUGGUCUUCUUAACCCAGGUCAUCCUACUCAAGGGGGGCCUUCUCACAUGUUUCCAAAGAUCCCUGGGCAGAUGAUGAUAGGCCAGCAGGGGACAGCAUUAAUGGGACAGCACCCUGGCAUAAUUCCCCCAGGGGGAAUCCCUCUACAGAUGCCCCAAGGGCAGCCCAUUAUGGGAGGACCACAGCAGCAGCUUCCUACAGCUCUUGGAGCAACUGGUCCAAGGGUUCCAGGUCCUUCUGGGGCUCCAGCUGGAUUUUUCCCCCAGGGCCCUACGGUACAAGGUGUCGACCCCAGGAUUCUUCAAGAAAGACAGCUUCAGCAUAGAAUGCAGCUGGCAAAGCUCCAGCAACAACAGCAAGCAAUGAUGUGUCAGCAACCGAUGCCACACCCAAAUCAACAGCCCAGUUUUAUCCCUCACUCACAGCCUGGCAUGAUGGGAAGUCAACGUAUGGCCCAGCAUCAAGCGGGCAGUCAGCAGGGAAUAAUAGCCACUCAGGCAAAUCAACAGAGCAUGGUGCAAGUCCCACAAGGAAUCGUCGUAGGUCAAUCUGCAGCUCCACCACAGCAGAACCUUGUAACAGGUCAGCCUAUCAACCAGUCUCAAGCCAUGAUGGCAGCUCAGCCAGGGUUAAUGGGGAAUCAGCCGUCACAGCAACCGAGACCUCAGCUGAUUAUAGGUCAGCAGAAUGUCGUUGGAUCUCCGGGUCACCCUGGACUCAGGGGAACCCCGGCUCAGUUGACUCCACAACAACAGAACAUUCUCGCCCAGCGCAUGCUGGCAUCUCAGCAGCAAAUGGCACAGCAGAGACAAGCAACACCAAUGAUCAGUCAGUCUAACCAAGACCAAGGAGGGCUUUCUCAGCCAUCCACCCCACAGAUGGGCUCCUCGCCUUCAGCAGGAAGUAAUACACCUCAGCCACAGGGAUCUACUGACAGCAAGAACUCAGGGGUCAAAGACGGUGGAAUCUUAAGCCCAGAUUCAAGAACUCCACCACAGAAGAGCGGACCUUCUACUCCCAAUCAGAGCUCACAACAAUGCUCGCUAAAUAAUCAGCUGGACCAAGGGCGACAGCAGCAACAUCAAAAUCAGAUGUAUUUAACUCAGCAUCACCAUUCAAAUCCUCAGUCUGUCCACGAACAACAAACUGGAGGGACUGUAAACCAGCAGACUGGUGCUCAACAACAGCAUCAGCUUCCAGUGAGUCUCCAGAGGCAAGGUUCCCUCAGUGCUGACAAACACAGUUUAAUGACUGUGAAAGAGGAGGGCAAAUCUGUUGAUUUCCUUACUCAACAACAACAGCAAACCAUCCAAAACGCCCCACAGAAACCACAAGAACCCACCAUGCAGCAGCAGAUGAUGAGUCAGAAUAAUCCUGGCCAGGCGCAGCCCACUGCAAUGGGCCUCAGUCCGCAACAUCAAGCCCUCAUGGCCCAGCAGCAGAAGCAACAAGCCAUGAUGGGCAUGAUGAGAGCUCAGCAGCAAGGGAUGAUGCCACAGAGACCCAUUGUUCCACCUGGACAGAACCGCACCCCUAUCAAUAUCCAAGCCAUCAUUGCUCAGAAUCCUCAGCUCCGCAAUCUUCCCCAAAAUCAGCAAAUACAACACAUCCAGGCUAUGAUUUCACAGAGGCAGCUCCAUCAGGGUCAGAUGCUAAGAAUGUCUGUAAGUCAGGGUCAGCCAGGUCAGCUGAGAGCACAGGCGCCACAGGUUGAGCAGCAAAUGAUGGGGAUGCAAGGUCAGCAGAUGCCUUAUGGAGGCAAACCAGCAGCCCUGGCCAAUCAGCAACAGCCAGGUAUAUUUGGCCAGCAACCUGGGGUUGCUGCUCAGGUACAGCAAGGGAUGAUGGUCCCAGCACAGCAACAGCCACAAACAGGGGAGAUGAUGCAGCAGCAUAUGAUGAGAGGUCAUUUACAAAUGCCACAUUCCCCAAUGGAGCAGAACCGCAUGCUAAGGCCGAAUUCACCCCGCCAACCGCUUGUCAACUCUCCUGGAGAUCCACAACGGCAUGUAUUCAAUCAGCUUAUGCGCCCGCCCACUCCCAACCAGCCGCAACAGCAAGCAUUAAUGGCAGCUGCAGCAGGACGAGUCCCAGGCUCCCCAUCGCAUGCAUAUUCUCCAAGAGGUCCCUUUGGAAUGAGCCCAGCCCAUCCAGCCUCACCUUACUCUUCCCAUGCCUCUUCACCUUCUGUAAUUGAUAACAGAGCUGGGAGAGGCAGUCCGUUCAGCCAGGUCAAGGCAUCUCCACUCAGGUCACCUGGAGCAAGGAGUCCGCUUGAUUGUCCAGGACUCAAAGUAGAAACUCAGACAUCAAACAGUGAUUCAUGUCAGACAACUCCAGUUACCCCUAAUGGGCCACAGAGAGGCAUGAAUGUUCAGCAAGAGCUGAAGAACGUUACAGAAAGCUACAUACAACAAGGGGAGCAAUGCAGGAUCCCAAUACAAAACAUUAAGCAGGAACCAAGGGAGUUUCAGUGUGAUGGUUCCUCAGAGGCGAAUCCAGGAGCAAUAAAGAGAGAAACAUCAGGUGAAACUGUUGCUUCUGGGAACAACGCAUGCUUUAUUAAUACUGGAACCAUGCCUGAGACCCAAGGUCCUAGAUCUGAGACUGGACAGCAGCUGCUGCAGAAGCUGCUGAAAACCAAGAAUCUUCAGCUAAAUGCUCAGAGGCCCUCUGAAGGCAUUCACAAUGAGAUCAACGGUCACAUCAACAGUAAACUGGCAAUGCUGGAGCAAAAGCUUCAAGGGACUCCACGAAAUAUGGAGGAUUUGCAGUCUAUAACUAAAAGGGCUCCAAUACAGAAGUCAAAGCGCAUCAAUAAGCCACCUGGAGACAGAGGGCCAAACUCACGGAAGAAGAAUAAAAAGGAGGAUGUUGGCAAAAGUGCUGAAACCCUAAUAAAACAAAUCAAACAGGGUCUGUCGUUGCUUCCGUUGAUGGAGCCCUCGAUCAGCGCCAGCCUGGAUUUUUUUGCCCCUUUUGGAAGCAGUCCAGCAAAUGGAAAAGACCAGCUAAAAGGAUCCUUUGGAAGCGCGGUUCUGGACAAUAUUCCAGACUACUAUUCUCAGCUACUUACCAAGAGUAACCUCAGCAACCCCCCAACACCCCCAUCCUCCCUCCCACCUACUCCACCUCCAUCGGUUCAGCACAAGCUGCUGAACGGAGUGACUCCCGGUGAGGAGCUCUCUGAGAGCCAGAAGGAGACAGAAACAGCAGAAGAGCCAAUGGAUUCUGUAAAAGAGGAAGUGAAGAGCGUGGACAUCCUGGCAGCCCUCCCCACGCCACCACAUAACCAGAAUGAGGACAUCAGGAUGGAAAGUGAUGACGAGGAUACUCCAGAAACCAUCAUCCCCGCAUCAUCGCCUGAGAGUAACGUAGGAGACAUAAAUCCACGCUUUCCUCACCUGCUAGAGCCUAAAGAGGAGGAGACGGAGAGAGCUAUAUCCCCCAUCAUACCCGUCAUACCUCGCACUGCCAUUCCAGCAUUCCCAGAAAACAAACCGUUUGAAGCACCUGAUUGCAAGGCAGCUUCCAUGUCCAACCACUGGGACAAGACCAAAAGUAAUGAGGUGUCUGUUACCUUGACAAUGUCUUCUGCUGCAGCCAAGAAACUUAAUCAUGUAAUGAUGGCAAUGGCUCAGCUGCUUAGCAUUAAAAUGCCAGGUACUUACGAGGUCACGUACCCUCCCCCAAACCCUGAGCUGCCUGGAGUGGAUGGCCCUGAGAAAGGACCUGGUCACUCAGAGGCAUUGUGCACCAAAGACAGCACCUCCUUCAGUCAGGAUGAGUGGCUGAGACAGUUUGAUGUUUCGCUCCCUGGCUGUACGCUGAAGAAACAAGUGGACAUUUUGGCCCUUAUUAAGCAGGAAUUCCAAGAGUCCGAUGACAAACCAGCACAGCACUGUUACACAACCAAUGUCAGUGAUCUGGACGUACGCCAUCUUCCUGUUAUACCGGUGGAGGAAUCUCCACCUCCUUCACCUUCUCCUCCUCAGCCCCCUCCAGCUCAGCCAGUCGCUGCUGAUGAGGCUGAAUCCCCCAAAAAGUCAACUUCUCCAACUCCUCCUUCCUCCAGCCACGUCAACAUCCAGACUAAGACAGAGUGUGAACAGGAUGUAGGUUCUGCUGCUGACGCUGCUCAACCAGUGAAUGCCACAGAAUCUGAUGUUCCUGCCCCGGUGUUAAACACUGAACCAACCUCAGAACAGUCUGAUCCUCCUGCGCUGAAUGAAGAUUAUAAAAAUCUUGUUGUGAAGGAGGAGGAGGACUGCGUGACUGAGCCAGUCCACCCUCCUAGAGAGUCUCCCAGCCCCAUGGAGUCUUCUCCUAAAGCUGUAAAGCAACGCAGACCUCUCUCGCCCAAUGAGGGGAUGAUGCAUCCCAAAAUGAAAAAAUGGAAGGGCAUUCGCUGGAAGCGUCUUCAGAUUAUCAUCACAAUACGAAAGGGCGGCUCUAAGAAAGAGACCAGCCGGGAAGUGUCAGAGCUGAUGGACCGCCUGCGCAUCACCCUCCGACCUGAAAAGCUGCCUCGGGAUAAACGCAAAUGUUGUUUCUGCCAUGAGGAAGGUGACGGCGCCACAGAUGGGCCUGCGCGGUUGCUCAACAUAGACGUGGACCUGUGGGUGCACCUUAAUUGUGCUCUGUGGUCCACAGAGGUGUACGAGACCCAGGGCGGCGCUCUGAUCAACGUAGAGGUGGCCCUGCGUCGUGGGCUGCGGACUCUUUGUGCGUACUGCCAGAAAACCGGCGCCACCAACAGCUGCAACAGACUGCGCUGCCCAAACGUCUACCACUUCGCCUGUGCCAUCAGGGCACGCUGCAUGUUCUUCAAGGAUAAGACCAUGCUGUGCACCCAGCACAAGCUGAAGGGCCCCAGCGACGACGAACUCAGCACCUUUGCUGUUCUGCGCCGUGUUUACAUCGAGAGAGACGAGGUGAAGCAGAUCGCCAGCAUACUGCAGCGAAGUGACCGGAUCCACCUGUUUCGUGUUGGCGGUCUCAUCUUUCAUGCAAUCGGCCAGUUGCUACCCUCCCAAAUGGCAAACUUCCACUCACCCACUGCCAUCUUCCCCGUUGGCUACGAGGCCACGCGCAUCUACUGGAGCACGCGUGUGCCCAACAAGAGAUGUCGAUACCGCUGUCGCAUCGGUGAGGAUGACGGCCGCCCGUUGUUUGAGGUGCGCGUUCUGGAGCACGGCAUGGAAGACUUGCACUACCAUGACGCUACUGCAGAGGGAAUCUGGGACCGUAUUGUUCAGCAGGUUGCUAAACUCCGAGAUGAUUCAUCCAUGUUGAAGCUGUUCACUGAACAUGUGAAGGGAGAGGAGAUGUAUGGACUCACCGUCCAUGCUGUCAUGCGAAUCACUGAGUCGUUGCCCGGAGUUGAAAGCUGCCAGAACUACCAGUUCCGAUAUGGCCGGCACCCUCUGAUGGAGCUUCCACUCAUGAUAAAUCCCACAGGCUGUGCUCGCUCUGAGCCCAAGGUUCCCACUCAGUGCAAAAGGCCUCAUACUCUAAACAGCACCAGCGUGUCCAAGGCCUACCAGAGCACCUUCACUGGAGAGCUCAACACACCAUACAGCAAGCAGUUCGUUCACUCCAAGUCCUCCCAGUAUCGGCGUCUGAAGACUGAGUGGAAGAACAACGUUUAUCUGGCGCGUUCUCGCAUUCAGGGCCUGGGGCUGUAUGCUGCAAAGGAUCUGGAGAAGCACACCAUGGUCAUUGAGUACAUCGGUACGGUCAUACGCAACGAGGUGGCCAACCGCCGCGAGAAGAUCUACGAGUCACAGAACCGGGGGAUCUACAUGUUCCGCAUCAACAACGAGCAGGUGAUCGAUGCGACCCUUACAGGCGGUCCGGCUCGCUAUGUGAACCAUUCCUGUGCCCCCAACUGUGUUGCUGAGGUUGUAACAUUUGACAAAGAAGACAAGAUCAUCAUCAUUUCCAGCCGCAGGAUCCCCAAAGGAGAAGAGCUGACGUACGACUACCAGUUUGAUUUCGAAGACGAUCAGCACAAGAUCCCCUGCCAUUGUGGAGCCUGGAAUUGCCGGAAGUGGAUGAACUAGCCAGGAGAAAGCGGAACGGAGACUGGCCCUCGCUGCUACCACAACACUCCUGCGCCAAAGCCUUUGAAUCCUACAUCGCCAGUGCAUAAGCUGUUCUGAAAGACAUGGAGGAAGGCUGUCCUCUGCUAUUAAUAGACUAAAGUGAUGACAUCUUGUAGCCAAAGGUCUGAAGAGCAUUAAUCAUAAAAAAAAAAAAACAACCAAUCACUUUACAGCAAACAUAGAUUUGAUGGGGAGGGGGCAGGGGUAGGAGGGGGGUCUAACUCUGAUGUUUGGACAAAUGACCCACCCUUUCCCAUACCCCCCCACCACCACCUCCACCCUUCUUUACUGUCUACCCUCAAUAAGCUUGCAGUGGCUGGAAAACAAUCCUCAACAGCACCAAAUGAUUCUGACCCUCUGACAUCCAACACCCGUAGACCCGAGCUCUCACAGAGCUUUGACGACAAGCCAUGUUCAAAAACUAGGAGUGAACUUAAGGAUGCAUUUUCAUGUUUGUAGUUGGACCUAUCCUACGCAACCCACACCCCCUCCCUCAACCUCCCAGGAAACGGCACUUUUCCCCCCCUUAAAAGUCCUCUUCGACAACACGGAUAUUGGCUCGCUAGACAAUCUUGACGUAAGAACUGUAAACGAUCGAUAGAAGAAAAAACAAAAAAAAUGUUAGAUGCUGUUCACCUCCAGGUGGCCCAAGGUGGGUUGGUUUGACACAGUCUACCUCACUGAUUUAGCGGGAAAUGACUGCUUUGUAUAAGAAAAAAAAAAACACAAACUGUUAACUGCUACUGUGGGGGUGGGAGGGAGGGGUGUGUUUUUACCGGGCUUAGCCCUCUCGGACAAGCAGGGAAUCUAAAGCAGCAGGUUUGCUCUAUCUACUCUAUGCUGAUGUUGAUUUACAAUAAGGAGCCAACGUUGUUAUUAAACAUGGAUUAUUUAUACAGAGGAAUAUAUCAGUUUUGAUAAGAUAUUUCAUUAAAAUCACAAUUGGAAGCUUAAAGGGCAUCAUUAUUGGCACCAACCCAUCUGGGAAAUUAACCUUUCCUUUUUUCUUGUUUUUAUUUGUUGUUUUUUUCUUUUGUAAAUGCAUCUCAAAAUCAUGCUAUUCGCUUUGUGAAAGCACAAUAACAUCCGCCCUUUUUUGACUUGCUAAAUGAACAGUUAAAUCCGUACAUCCUGAAUCCACAUUAACCAAGAAACCCUUCAGAUUGUCGCUUUAAACGCUGUUGUUUUAAAGGAGCCGGUGGAUGCAUGACUACUGUCCCAUUCAUUGCUUUGAACUCCCUAAAAUAACAACCUCCUCACACAUCAACCUUAAAGAAAACCAACCUAUGAAUCAUGUCUCUUCCUCUCUGCGUUAUUUAAUGGACUGUUUUUUAAAAACUUUACUGUAAGUAAGUCUUCCUCUGCCUGAAGUACAGCCUGCAGUGUUUCUAUGCCCCCUCUCUAUAGUGUGCAUACUUUUUAAGUUUCCAUCCCAGUGCUGGUACUGUCUUAUCGAGGCUGAACUGGUGGCAGGGAAAGACUUAUUGGGAAAAAAGGGCAUUUGUUUUCAUUUCCGUGUAAAGUAAAUAAGAAAAAAAAUGUCUUUAAAGGGAGCUUUACUAAAACUCCACCUUCCUAUAUGACUUUGAUCCCUCUUUCCUCCCCCAACCUGAGACCUCACAUGAUUUUAAAAAUGCAAAAGUUGUACAAACUGUAUAUAUCGUAUAUGCAUUAGGGGGAGUGCGGCUCUUUAUCCAGCCCCUUUGUAAUCAAUAAAAGUGAAAGUUGCUGAAAAUAAUAAUAAAAAAAAAAUCAACCACUGGAUAUCAUUUUAACAAAGCUGUACAUAAAUAUAAAUAUAUGUAAAAUUUGCAAACUUAAUAUCUUUAUGUAUAUGAACCAGUUUUUUUUUUUUGGGGUUUUUUUUUUUUGCAUUUACGUGUUUUUUUCUAUUAGGUGGUUUUUGGGGGGGUUUUUUUGGCUCCGAGACGCGUUUGUUGAGACGGCGGUGAGGAAAACAGCGGUUCCAGACGAGACGCCGAGGCGAUUACUGAGCUGCGCUACAGAGAAAGAAAAAAAAAAAAUCACCUUUUUUCAUAAAGCAGUACAACGGUGCAUAGCAUUUGUAUUUAUGUAUUGUUUUUUUCUCCCUUGGUUUGUGUUUAUUUAUGCUACUGCUUGUUGACUACCAAAACCUUUCCAGUAAACGGUCAGAAUUGGAUCUAUAUAGUCUUGAAUGGAGAAACCUUGAACUCCCUAGAAUCUUGUUUGUGGUUUGCUUUUUUGAAUAUCUUCCCUAUAGAAGUGAAUGUGUUGGUAAACCUUGUGAAAUGGUUCCUUGGUCUCAUGUCUGUUUAUUGUAAUUCUCAAAGUUAACCCCAUACUUAACCUGGUAAUGAAUUGCACUCUCAUUGUAUAACAGAGACCUUCUUUAAAGUGGUAGAUAUUGAUCAAGUAUCCCAAACAGUGAUACGCAUAUAUAAAUAUAUAUAUGGAUAUAUAUAUUUUUUUGGUAUGUUUCUAUUUCAAGGGAAGAACCCUGAUGUGCUCACUUGAUUUUAGCCGAAUUCAUUUUUAACUUCUCUGAAUUAAUUUAAGUUCUCUGCAAAUCCUUUAAUUUAAUAAAGUUUGCUGAAAUUGAAGGUUUUUUUUAACCUCACCUUUUUAAAAAAUAAAAAAAAGCUAAUGGAUCUGUACAGCAGAGAUACUUUUAGGGAAUAUGAAUAAAUAUAAUGAUCAUUUUUAUUGUAUGUGGCAUGUUUUGUAUGGAUAUUCUUUCGAAAUGUACAUAUUUUUUUCAGGACGCCAGAGGUUGCAUCUCUUUAUAUACUGGUUUCCCCCCUCCCCCUUUUCCCUUCAUCUUAUUUCUUUGUCUGCUUUUUGUUUCUUGGAAAGGAAAAUAAAAUGCAUUUUAAAUAUG